GGAUGGCUUUCUCGCCCUCGGUCAUCCAAGGGGCCCGUGCAUUUCCGGCAGCGCCACCCACCGCCUCUGCCUGCGCUCUCGUCGCACGAGAUUCUUGUGUCCGUCACGGGUUUCCCCCGGACAUCCAACAAGGAUCCUCUCACUAUCUCUCGUCAUGAGCAAACAUACGUUCCAGACCGCAGUUGAAAUCCAUAACAAGUGUUUGCAGAAAUUACUGGUUGCAGAAAGCGAUCAAGCGAGGCACGAAUGUAUUUUCUGUGAUUAUCAUCAAUCUCCGGAGCAUAUUAACGAGACAGGAAACUGUCGACUCCCAGUCUUUGGGAAGGUGAAGUUUUAUUUCUGCAUGGUUGGGGAAUGGACAGGGGAGCUCCGGCGGCGGACGUCGCCCGAUGAGGAUUCGCUUGGCCUCCUUCGACUCCACCCAACAAAGUAGACUGGGCUCCCCAGCACCUCGUGCCAGACGCGCCAACACUUCGACGUUCCUCGAUAUCGACCGGAGGCAAGACAAGUGACGGCCGAGCAUCCUUCCGUAAUGCGUGCUGAAGCCGAUGACAUUGUCCCUCGCCAGUAACCACGGGACGCAGCUAGCCAGGGGCGGAGGGUGGAAGCGGCGGCCGCCGGAGCUGGGAGUUUGUAACAUGGUACGUGCUGUCGGAGAGUCGCUUGGAAAAAUGAGAAGCAGAGAGACAGCAGACGGGUUUCUCACACAGCCACGAGUCCUUCCUAACCGACACAUGGCAAUCAGCACCAUGAUCAGAUACGUCAUAUGUGACCGAUCGAUUUGCCGUGCCAGGGGCGGCGGGGACAGGUGGCGCACGGGGUUCGUGCAGUUGUCAGGAAUGGCGCGCCACCGCUUCGCGUCCUUCGGGAACGGCUGCCAUGCACACGCCCACGUUGAGGGCGUCGGGCGCUCCUCGUGUCCGCUCAUAUGCCUGAUCUCUCUUCAACCCUUUCUCUUUUGCUCUCUAUAUCAGGAGCCCGUACUUCCCGGUUAACGGGAGUCAUUGCAUUGUGGGGAUUGUGCCCUGUUUUGUGUGAGCGUGAGAGCGGGGUGGAGGGGGUGAGCGAGGAUGACGGAGUCGAAGGACGCGAUGUUGACGAUGGCGACGCAGGCGCCGGUGACGCUGGAGAGGAGGAUACGGACUGACCUGGAGGAACACCUUCCUAAGCCUUAUCUGUCGAGAGGAUUAGCUGCUCCGGACGUGUAUCAUCCUGAAGGUACAAAAGAGCACAAGCAUCAUCAUCUGAGUGUUCUUCAGCAGCACGUUGCCUUCUUCGACUUGGAUGAUAACGGGAUCGUGUACCCUUGGGAAACCUACGCAGGGUCUCGAGCGAUCGGUUUCAACCCUAUACUGUCAUUGAUCAUGGCAAUUCUAAUCAAUGGAGCCCUGAGCUACCCAUCUCUUCCGGGUUGGAUUCCGUCUCCCUUCUUUCCGAUAUACAUCCACAACAUCCAUAGAUGCAAGCAUGGCAGUGAUUCGGGAACUUUUGAUGCCGAAGGAAGAUUUGUCCCCGUGAAUUUUGAGAAUAUAUUCAGUAAAUAUGCCCGGACAGAUCCCAACCGGCUUACUUUUGCUGAAUUGUGGCGAAUGACAGAAGGCCAACGAGUUACCUAUGACAUCUUUGGGGGUGCAGGAUCACAGCGAAGUUGGAAUGGUUAAUCCUCUACCUGCUUGCCAGAGACGAGGAGGGUUUCCUGCCGAGAGAAGCCAUCAGGCGAUGCUUCGAUGGAAGCUUGUUCGAGUACUGCGCCAGCCAGCGAGAGGCAUACGAGAAGACAUAUUAGGCUCAUCUUCUGUAGCAGCAGUGUGUUAAUAAUUUCUUAGUAAUAAUGUCCCGACAACUUCUGGACGCUGGUUGUGAGCUAGUGUUUGUAAUUUUAAAUGCUACAAUGUUGGGAGUCUCUGUUCAUCCUCUGAGAACGUUCGAGACUUUUCUCGAUGUUAAUAUUCCGAGUCCUCUGGAUUGUGUUUAUUAGUGUAAUCUGUGACGCUCGGAAUCUGGAAGCCAUGUUAAUAUUGCAUCCA